GCGGCGCGUGCGCGGGGCGGGGCGGGGCCGCGGGACGGAGCCGCAGCUGCAGCCGCAGCCGCCCGGCCCGGCCCGGGUCCUGCGGAGCGGCGGCGGCGGUGGUCCCCCUCUGAUGGGAUGAUGGUUGUUCUCAGGCAGUUUGGGCUGCUGCUCUGGAAGAACUACAUCCUGCAGAAACGGCAAAUCUUGGUGACCGUCAUCGAAAUCUGCCUGCCGCUACUUUUCGCCGCCAUCCUGAUAGCUCUGCGGCACCGGGUGCACUCCAUCAGCCAUCCCAACGCCACCAUCUACCCCCCCGAGUCCGUGGAUGACCUACCGGGCUUCUUCUACAGCCGGCACCCCAGUAACCCCUGGGAGCUGGCAUACGUCCCCUCCAACAGCAGCGCCGUCAGGAGCAUUGCCGAGGCGGUGGAAAGAGCUUUACCCAUCAGCAUCAGAGCUCAGGGCUUUGCCUCGGAGAGGGACUUUGAGGAGUAUGUCAAGUUGGACAACCGCUCGGGCAGCGUGCUGGCCGCCGUUGUGUUCAAGCACCGCUUCCAGCAGAGCACGUCCACACUGCCCCUCCAGGUCGACUAUGAACUGCGCUUCAAGUACAGCCCGAGGAACGCGCCGCGGAGCGAGCAGACGGGUCUGAACCCCAACCUGGACCGGGACUGGCACACCAGCUACCUCUUCCCGCUCUUCCAGCUGCCCGGGCCCCGGGAGGCCAAGUUUGCCGAUGGGGGGACGCCGGGCUAUAUCCGCGAAGGGUUCCUGGCCGUGCAGCAUGCGGUGGACAGAGCCAUCAUGCAGUACCACGCCAGCGCCAGCUCCGCCAGCCUGCUGGAGAACAUCACGGUGGUGGUGCAGCGCUUCCCCUACCCGGCGUAUGUCAACGACCUGUUCCUCCUCGCCAUCCAGAACCAGCUGCCCCUCCUGCUCAUGCUCAGCUUCACCUACACCUCGCUCAACAUUGUCCGCGCCGUUGUGCACGAGAAGGAGAAGAAGCUGAAGGAGUACAUGCACAUGAUGGGCCUCAGCAACUGGUUGCACUGGAGCGCCUGGUUCCUUAUGUUCUUCCUCUUCCUCCUGGUGUCCGUGUUUUUCGUCACCGUGCUCUUUUGUGUCAAGGUGAGUGAACAGGGAGCGGUGCUCACCAACAGCGACCCCACACUGGUGUUCACUUUCCUUGCCAUCUUCUCCAUUUCCUCUAUCUCCUUCAACUUCAUGGUGAGCACCUUCUUCUCAAGAGCAAAUGUUGCGGCUGCCGCUGGCGGCUUCCUCUACUUUUUCUCCUACAUCCCUUACUUCUUCAUCUCGCCCCGCUACGACCUGAUGUCCCACAGCCAGAAGCUGGCGUCCUGCCUCAUCUCCAACGUGGCCAUGGCCAUGGGGGCACAGCUUAUAGGCAUGUUUGAAGGAAAAGGGACUGGCAUUCAGUGGAGGGACCUCAUGAAGCCCGUCAGCGUGGACGACAACUUUACCUUAGCCCAGGUGCUGGGGAUGCUGCUGUUGGACUCGGUGCUCUACGGCGUGGUGGCCUGGUAUGUGGAGGCCGUCUUCCCCGGGGAGUACGGCGUGCCUCAGCCGUGGUACUUCUUCUUGACGCCCUCGUACUGGUGCGGGCACCCCAGGACUGUGGUGGGAAAAGAGAAGGAGGAGGAGGAGGACCCUGAGAAAGCUCUGAAGAGCCAGUACAUUGAGGAAGAACCUGCCGACCUCGUGUCAGGAAUCAAAAUAAAGCACCUUUCCAAGGUCUUCAGAGUGGGAAACAAGAUGAAAGAGGCAGUCAAGGACUUAACGGUGAACAUGUACGAAGGGCAGAUCACCGUCCUGUUGGGACACAAUGGUGCUGGGAAGACCACCACUCUGUCCAUGCUCACAGGUCUGCACUCUCCGACGGGCGGGCAGGCGUACAUCAACGGCUACGAGAUCUCCCAGGACAUGGUCCUGAUCCGCCGCAGCCUGGGCCUGUGUCCCCAGCACGACGUCCUCUUCGACAACAUGACGGUGGAAGAGCACCUCUGCUUCUACGCCGGGCUGAAGGGGUACCCAUCCUCCAAGUGCCCUGAGGAGAUCAACCACAUCCUGAGGAUCCUCAACCUGGAGGACAAGCGCCACGCUCUGACCAAGGCGCUGUCUGGUGGCAUGAAGCGCAAGCUCUCCAUUGGCAUCGCCCUCAUUGGGGACUCCAAGGUGGUGAUGCUGGAUGAGCCAACGUCAGGGAUGGACCCAGCCUCUCGCAGGGCCACAUGGGACCUCCUGCAGCAGCAGAGGAGCAACCGCACCAUCCUGCUGACCACCCACUUCAUGGAUGAGGCUGACCUGCUGGGGGACCGCAUAGCUAUCAUGGCCAAGGGCGAGCUGCAGUGCUGCGGCUCCUCACUCUUCCUCAAGCGUAAAUAUGGGGCUGGAUAUCACAUGGUGAUGGUGAAGGAGCCCUACUGUAACCUAGGGGAGAUCUCCCGCCUCAUCUGUCAGUAUGUGCCCAACGCCACCAUGGAGAGCAACGCUGGGGCAGAGCUGUCCUUCAUCCUGCCCAAGGAGAGCACGCACAGGUUUGAGGCCUUGUUCACAGAGCUGGAGCAGAAGCGGGAGGAGCUGGGCAUCGCCAGCUACGGCGCCUCGGUCACCACCAUGGAGGAAGUCUUCCUGAGGGUUGGGAAACUUGUGGAUUCCAGCAUGGAUAUCCAGGCCAUCCAGCUGCCUGCCCUCCAGUACCAGCAUGAGAGACGCUCCAACGACUGGGCCAUGGAUGACUCCAGCAGCCUGAGCGGCAUGACGGACAUGACGGACGACAGUGGGGCACUCAUCACGGAGGACUGCUCCAGCAUCAAGCUCAACACGGGGUUCUACCUGUGCUGCCAGCAGUUCUACGCCAUGUUCAUGAAGCGAGCCAUGUACAGCUGGCGCAACUGGAAGAUGGUGGCAGCGCAGUUCCUCGUGCCUCUGAUCUUCACUGCCUUUGCCCUCAUCGUGGCCAAGACCUUCCCAGGCCCCAGGGACUCCUCCCUGCUGAGGCUGACACUGGAGCCCUACGGCCAGACCAUCGUGCCCUUCAGUGUCUCGGCUGCCUCGGGUCUGUCGCAGAGGUUGGCGGAGCAGUACGCAGAGCUGCUGGAUGCCCAGCGCCAGUCGCCGCUGGAGGUGCUGGGUGGCCUGGACGAGUACCUGAUCUCGAGAGCCUCCGAGGAAGGGGGAGCCUUCAACGAGCACUACAUCACAGCUGCCUCCUUUGAAGGGGCUGGGAACCGCACUGUGGUCACCGCGCUCUUCAACAACCAGGCGUACCACUCCCCCGCCACGGCCCUGAUGCUGGCCGACAAUGCCGUCUUCAGGGUACUGGCGGGCCCCAACGCCUCCAUCACAGUCACCAACUACCCUCAGCCCCGCAACAUCACUGAGAAGGCCAAAGACCAGCUCAUGGAGGGCCAGACCGGGUUUGCCAUUGCCAUCAACCUGCUGUAUGGCAUGGCCUCGCUCGCCAGCACUUUCGCGCUGCUGCUGGUCAGCGAGCGGGCCAUCAAAGCCAAGCACGUCCAGUUUGUCAGCGGCGUCUACGUGAUCAACUUCUGGCUCUCCGCCCUCCUCUGGGACAUCAUCAACUUUCUCAUCCCUUGUGCUCUAAUGCUGGUGAUAUUCCAAGCCUUUGACGUGCAAGCCUUCACCCAAGACAGCCACCUCGUUGAUGUGAUGCUGAUCUUCCUCCUUUAUGGCUGGGCCAUCAUCCCCCUCAUGUACCUCCUUAGCUUCUUCUUCUCGGUGGCAGCCACAGCCUACACCCGUCUCACCAUCUUCAACAUCCUCUCAGGCACGGCCACCUUCCUGGCGGUCACCAUCAUGAGCAUCCCAGAACUGGGCUUGGUGGACCUCUCCAAAACCUUGGAUAAAGUCUUUCUCGUCUUACCCAAUUACUGCCUGGGCCAGUGCAUCAGUGACUUCUACCAGAACUAUGAGUUCAUUCAGUUUUGUACCUCCUCUGUUGAAGCCAUCUUCAUCUGCAAGGCGUUUAAUAUCAGUUAUCAGAUGAACUACUUUUCCUGGGAGACUCCUGGGAUCGGACGAUACCUGACCUCCUUGACCGUCCAGGGUUUCUCCUUCCUCUUCCUCCUUUUCCUCAUUGAGACAAACCUUCUCUGGAGACUGAGAACUUUGGUCUGUGGCAUCUGCAGGCGGCGGAAAUGGGUGGCACUGCUGAACAGGGUAUCUGUGCUGCCGGAGGACCGGGACGUGGCAGAUGAGAGGAAGAAGGUUUUGGAGUCACCACCAGAACUGCUGUCAUCUCUCAGCAGCCCUCUGGUCAUCAAGGAGCUCACCAAGGUCUACGACAGCCGGGAGUCCCUGCUGGCGGUGGACAGGAUCUCCUUGGCGGUCAGCAAAGGGGAAUGCUUUGGCCUCCUCGGCUUCAACGGAGCGGGCAAAACCACCACCUUCAAGAUGCUGACGGGUGACGAGAGCAUCACAUCAGGGGAUGCCUUUGUGGACGGCCACAGCAUUCUGGCCAACAUCAAGAAGGUCCAGCAGCGGAUCGGCUACUGCCCGCAGUUUGAUGCCCUCCUGGACCACAUGACGGGCCGCGAGACCCUGAGCAUGUACGCCCGGCUGCGGGGCAUCCCCGAGCGCUACAUCGGCAGCUGCGUGGAGAACAUGCUGCGAGGGCUGCUCCUGGAGCCACAUGCCGACAAACUCGUGAGGACCUACAGUGGUGGUAACAAGCGGAAGCUGAGCGCUGGCAUCGCCCUCAUUGGCGGUCCCCCCGUCAUCUUCCUGGAUGAACCCUCCACCGGCAUGGACCCCGUGGCCCGGCGUUUGCUCUGGGACGCAGUGACACGGACGCGGGAGUGUGGCAAAUCCAUCAUCUUCACUUCCCACAGCAUGGAGGAGUGCGAAGCGCUGUGCACGCGGCUGGCCAUCAUGGUGAACGGGCAGUUCAAAUGCCUGGGCAGCCCCCAGCACCUGAAAAGCAAGUUCGGCAGUGGCUACACCUUGCUGGCCAAAACGCGGAGUGAGGAGGAGGGCGAGCUGCAGGCCUUCAAGGCCUUCGUGGAGAAGACUUUCCCAGGCAGUGUCCUGAAACACGAGCACCAGGGCAUGGUACAUUACCACUUGACCAACAAGAACCUCAGCUGGGCACAGGUCUUCGGGGCCUUGGAGAAAGCCAAAGAGAAGUACCGCUUGGAAGACUAUUCGGUGAGCCAGAUAUCCCUGGAGCAAGUCUUCAUGAGCUUCACUCGCUUCCAGCACUACACAGAGGACAGAGGGAAAUGAGCAGAAGCCCCCACUGGUGCCCUUCGUCACGGACUGGCCCUGCUGCCUAAACAUAGUAUAUAUAGAGACAGUAAUUUAUA